AUGACACCAUUACAGGCAACAAGUACAUUGGGAAAUGUCAUGAGUUAUGAGAUGAUUAAAGCCAAAUGUAGAGUAGAAGAAGCAAGCAGACGCUACUCUCAGGUAAAUAAAAAAAUGGCUGUAUGGAAGAAUUUGAGAGCAAUGUUACAUUACAGAGUUGUUGAUGCUGCUUUCCUUAAGAUAGUGCCAUAUACUAUGUUGACUGUUGAUGAAAUGGAUGUCAUCGGAUUUGUUGCAGUAUCACAUGACAUGGUUGAUUUUGGAUAUGAUGUAAGUGUCAAGGAAUCAAGCAAUACAUUUUUAACUAUUGCGGGUGGUAAGAUAGACAUGGAUUCUGUAAAAAAAGGAUAUAUUCGUAUGGCAAAUGGGCUACAAUACAUCAUCGAAAGAUACAAAUACGAUGCGUGUGGGUUGACAUUCCUAGCAAAUCACUUCUGGCAAUUGACUAAUGGACGUCAUCGAAUUAUUCCAUCGAUCUAUAAUGGUGCAACUAACUAUCAGCAUAAUUAUUUGGAAUUGAAAAGUACAUUGCUGGAUGUAUUGCAAGAUGAUAAUAAUAUUACAAAGAAAGAUAGCAUCAGUGCAUUGGAAGCCGCAGAAAACCUUAGGGUUGCUGCUUUGUCACUAGGAUAUGAUGCUAUAGCAAUUGCCAAACUUAUAACCAUAGAUAUUGCUGGUAGUUACGCUAGUGAUAUUGAAAUAUCACCCCAAACCAUCAAUGUGAUCGAACAUGACUUCCUUUCUAUGGAUGAUAUGCGAGUAUAUGUGGUUGAAAACAGGCAUGAUGUUAUCUUGUUUGCUUGGCACA